AUGGACCUCGUUCAGAAAGAACAUGAACGCCUCUCGAAGAGACUGAAGUCAUCCCAAAGCAUCAAAAAUGUGCAGGACGCAAUCGACUUGCUUCAGGCAACCCGGGACAAGAUCGCUUCUGACCCGAAUCAAGCCUCAGUAGCUUUGGCCAAGCUUCAAAAUCCUAUCAAAUCGUCGUUCGAUGCUAUCAAUGAUAACCUAAAGGAGACUCAUAGCGGCCUCAACAAGUAUUCAAAGGCUCUAGACAAGCUCUUCAAAGACAGGCCCUUACCAAGCUCCGAACACGAUGUCCUCUCGUCGCAAGAACACCUUAUCAACCGAGCCAUCGCCAUGCACCUACUUCGGGAAGGACAGUUCUCCGUGGCUUCGGCAUUUCUGUCAGAAGUAGCAGAGAAAAAAGCGGCGGAAAGACAACAGGAACUCGACCCGGAUACCAUGGAUGAGGCGGCCGCCCUUUUGGACAUUGGAGGGGUACCCUCCAGCAAAGUUCGCGACGAGUUCCACAAUAUGUACCGUAUACUUCACGAACUCAAAGAAAACAACAACUUACUACCGGCUAUAGAGUGGUCAAGGAAGGAAGAGAACAAGGUGGCGCUAGAAGCGAGAGGUAGCAACCUCGAAUUCGACCUAUGCAGGCUCCAGUUCGUUUGGCUCUUCCAUGGCGGGCACGAGCAGCGUGGUCCUACACCUGAAGGGCGGCAAUCAGCACUGGAAUACGCCAGGCGCGAGUUCCCACAGUUUAUUCCCAGAUAUAUGCGGGAAAUUCAACAGCUGAUGGGCGCUAUGGCUUUCAGCCCUAAUCUACCAGAUUCUCCCUACAAGAACAUCUUCAACAACCCAUCUGCGUGGGCCGAUGUUUCACACUCGUUCACUCGAGAAUUCUGUGCAUUGUUGGGAUUAUCCCCUGAUUCGCCCCUCUACAUUGCUGCAACUGCGGGCGCAAUAGCCCUACCUACCUUGCUGAAGUUACAGACUAUUAUGAAAGCGAAACGGACCGAGUGGACUACAGAGCAUGAGCUACCCGUCGAAAUCCCGCUUCCACCAUCAUACCUCUUCCAUUCCAUCUUCGUGUGUCCUGUUUCCAAAGAACAGACGACCGAUGCGAAUCCGCCAAUGAUGAUGCCCUGUGGGCAUGUAAUUGCAGAGGAGUCGCUCAACCGACUCUGCAAGGGCACCAGAUUCAAAUGUCCGUACUGCCCCAGCGAGAGCCAUCCGAACCAGGCCAAGAAAGUGUUUCUGUAA